UUUCUCUCUCUGUUGCUUCUCUGAAUGGAUCUUGUAAAUGCUGAUUUGAAGUCUAUGUGGAUGAAAUGGGUGUAAAUGCUGAGAUAAGGAGAACAGAGACUUCAGCAAAAGAAUUUCAUUUUUUUUUAUUUGAAGUUAAUAAUUGGGGUAUAUAUUUUGGACCAAAAUUGAUGUUUCCCUAGGGUAGAAGCUCUUGACUAGAAAAGUUUUCCAGUGAUUAUAUUGCUAUAAUGGAGGACAGUGGUUUGAAUAGAUAUGGCACUUCUAUUGAUGGCGCCAGGCUUGAGUUGAGAAUAGGAAACUCUAGGAAUCCAAAUUUCACUUCAGUAGAUAGCCCAAGUAGCUCUAGAUAGGAUCCAUGGCAAAUAUCAGUAUGAUUUGUCAAAUGGGUUCAUGAGUAAAGAUUCACAUGGAGAUUUUGUGUCCCUGGACAAAGAUCAGAUUUUGUUGAGAAUCAAAGGGGAGUUCAAGAUGCAGAACACGAGGCGUUUGUCAAGUAAGCCUAUUGGACAAAACCCAGAUGAAGUUUCUUCAAAUCCAAGAGUUGAUGAUGACAAGAUCAUCUCAAACAAUGCACUAGUCAUUGGCGAAAAACAACUGAAGACUGUAUCAAGAGCUAGCUUCUCUCAGCUACCUGUGAAGAAAACAUUCGAGGAAAAUGGAAUCAUUAGUAGAUAUCAAGAAGCUUGCAGUGUAGUUAUGGACCAAAAUGGUGACAAACUUGGUUAUGACGCCGAGGCGUGUUCUUCUACUGCGGAUGCAAAUUCAAGUCGGGAAAAUUAUCAGAAUUUUUCACCUGGGGUUCUAAGAUCUCCUUCUCCAGAAUCUCAUACCGGUGGAAUCAGCUUGAGGGAAUGGAUCAAAUCUCAUUCUUGUAAUGUGGACAAAGUUGAAAGCUUGGUGAUAUUUAGGCAGAUUGUGAAGUUGGUGGAUUUUGCACUCUCCCAAGGUUCUGCCUUGCAGGACUUAAGACCUUCCUGCUUCACUAUUUUGCCAUCAAAGAAGAUUCAAUAUAUUGGUUCUUUGGUCAUGAUGGAAAUUAACGCGAUCCAUCGAGAUGUGAACGAGAAACGACCAUUGGAUCAGAAUGCAUUUGGAAACCAUAUUUCAGGUGGAAAGCAGCAAAAGCUUAGUGAGGCUAUGAGAUCUCUUAGAAACCAGCAUAAUAAAAUUAAGGAGACUGAACUAUAUAUGGCUGGCCCACAAAUUCUCCACUUGCAAAAGGAUCCCAGAUUAUAUCGAAAUGUGUCCAUUGUACAACAACAACAAUCCAUUUCUACAACUGGUCAGUUAGAAAAGAAGUGGUAUACUAGUCCAGAGGAGCUAGAUGAAAGAGGGUCCACAUCUUCAUCAAAUAUUUAUGGGCUUGGCGUACUCCUUUUUGAGUUGCUGUCCUAUCCUGAAUCAUGGGAGGCUCAUUCUGCAGCGAUGUCGGAUUUACACCGUCGAAUUCUUCCGCCAAAGUUUCUUUCAGAAAAUCCAAUGGGAGCUGGCUUGUGUCUUUGGCUUCUUCAUCCUGAGCCUUUGUCACGUCCCACAACUAGAGAAAUUCUCCAAUCUGAACUGAUAUGUGGUUCCAAAGAUUCAAAUCCCAAGGAUGUCUAUUCAAAUUCUGCUGAUCGAAUUGAUCCUCAAUUAGAGCUAUUAUUCAAGUUUUUCAGUUCAUUGAAAGAUGAAAAGAAAAGGCGCGCCUCUAAGUUGAUUGAGGAUAUAGGGUGCUUAGAUGAAGAUAUUAAGGAAGUUGAGAAAAGGUACUCGUCAAGAACAGUCUUAGUUUCUUCUUCGCAGGAACACAAGGAACUUCCUUGCAUAAGUGAAGAGGGUUCUUCUCUUGAAUAUUCAAGCACUUCAGGUGUUCCUUCUAGUUCAUUUCCAGUGUCAGGCAAAAAUGAGAAUAUGAUGAAAAUUAUCACUCAGCUAAAACAUGCUUACUUCUCCAUGAGAUCCCAAAAUCAGCAUACAAAAAGUGUCCUAUCACACUCAGAUAAAGAUGUAGACAAGAAAGAAGUCAAUCACUGCCAUGUGCAAAAUGGAGAUGAAGAUUUAAGCAUGAAUCAAAACUCAGAUUAUCCUGCUGGAUCCUUUUUUGAUAGUUUAUGCAAGUUUGCUCGCUUCAGCGAGUUUAAAGUAUGUGGAACGCUGAGAAAUGGGGACCUCUUCAACUCUACCAAUGCCAUUUGCUCCUUAAGUUUCGAUCGUGAUGAGGAGUACAUAGCUGCAGCUAAAGUAUCAAAGAAGAUCAAGAUUUUUGAGUUUGCUGCCCUGUCAAAUGAGGCUGCUGAUAUCCAUUAUCCUGUUGUUGAGAUGUCAAACAAGUCUAAGCUGAGCUGUAUUUGCUGGAACUACUACGUCAAGAAUUACCUGGCUUCAACAGAUUACGACGGAGUCGUAAAGAUGUGGGAUGCAAACACUGGAGAAAGAUUCUCUCAAUACACAGAACAUCAGAAGAGGGCUUGGUCUGUUGACUUUUCUAGAGCUGAUCCAAUCAUGUUUGGUAGUGGAAGUGAUGACUGUUCUGUAAAACUUUGGAGUGUAAAUGAUAAGAGCUCAAUUGGCACCAUCUGGAGUCCCGCCAAUGUCUGCUGCGUGCAGUUCUCAGAUUACUCUAACCAUCAACUGGUUUUUGGAUCUGCUGAUUACAAAAUCUACGGCUAUGAUCUUCGCCACGUCAGAAUUCCUUUGUUCUCCUUAUCAGGUCAUGGAAAAGCUGUUAGCUACGUAAAGUUUUUAGAUGCAGACACACUUGUGUCUGCAUCGACAGACAACACCCUAAAGCUUUGGAAUCUCAAGAAAACCAUCUCAUCUGGGUUGUCUGGUGAUGCUUGUAGCCUAUCCUUUAAGGGUCAUACCAAUGAAAAGAACUUUGUGGGAUUAUCUGUUUUGGAUGGAUAUAUAGUUUGCGGUUCAGAAACGAACGAGGUGUAUAGUUAUUAUAGAUCUCUACCAAUGCCAAUAACUUCACACAAGUUUAAAACCAUUGAUCCUGUUUCGGGUGAUGAGGUUAGUGAUGAUGGUAGACAGUUUGUUUCAAGUGUCUGUUGGAGAAGAAAGUCUAAAAUGGUGGUGGCUGCCAACUCUAGUGGAGUUCUGAAACUGCUUCAGAUGGUGUAAUGACAAGCUUCUUCUCUCCACUAAAACUAUGUUUAUCUUCUCUGCUUCUUCACAAGGCUUUCUCUUUUGCUUUCUUGGAAUGGAAAUAUAAACUGGAAGCAAAGACCAAUCACUCGGUUCAAAUACUUGAGCAAAAUAGCGACCUUUAAUCGAGCACCUUGUGGUGAUCAUGGGAUUUAACCUUUGGAAUCCAUUGAUCUCACAAGAUUAAUCUGCGAACGAAGGCUGAACUGAGAAGAGAAUUGUGAAGGAGGCGUCAAGUUUGAUUCUUUAGCUCUCUAUCUCGGCUUCUCUAGGCUUUUCGUGGGAAAAGAUGGCAGUUGAAAUUUCACAAACAUUGGUUCAGUAUCAAAGUUUAAUCGAUUUUUUAUGAUUCAAUUUCACGACAUCAAUUUAUAUGUUCCGUGCAAGCCAUUGCUUCACCAAUGCACAUAUUCUAGUAUAGAAAAUCUAACUGCUUGUACCGUUACCUGAUUAAGUUUGAGAAAGAUUCUUGGCUGGAUUUGUGAAUUUAUUUACGCCUAUGAACUAUUUUGAGGCAGAACUAUAAAGAACUUCUAUUUAGCA